AGUCGACAGUCCGAGUUUACCGUUGUUAACGAAUUCAAUGACUAAUGAGUACAUAAUAUUAUUGUUGUUUCGAAAAAAUUAUGGUAAACACGUUUUCGAUUUUUUUUUUUUUUCAAUUAACUUUGUUUCUUUAAUCGUUAAUAAAUAAUAAUGUGUUCGUUAGUAUCGUAAUAUUGGACGAGUACACGGCAAACUAUAUUCAAAAAAGUGAUCGAAACCGGAUUUCUUCGAUUUAAAACUUCAUGGAUUAAUUGCCAGUAUUAUAACAGUAAGUAUACAUUUGUGAUAUGCAUUACGUUUAAUUACGUGUAAAAAAGACAAACAUACGUCACUGCACUAAGGGUAGGCCAUCGCAAUCGUAUAGAUGGAAAGUAAUGCUUAGGAUCUUAGGGAUACUCGACACGUAUAAAUGGGAUAUUUUAGGGGUUCAACCCCAACAUUUUGAAAAUGCUUCUUUAAACGCAGCUACGGUUGUAUAGACAACACUGUACAUGUCAUUUUUUUCCCCGGCUGACGGAAAGAGCAAAAAAAAAACCAAUGAAAAAUAAAAAAACGCUUAGUCCAAGUGCGUAGUGAGCAAAUAAUUGAAAUUUUUAAAAUUUGGCUUCGAGGUGUAGUUUCAAUAAAACCAAUAUUUAUUAUCUAUAUACAAUUUCUCAAUACAUCCAGAAUAACUAAAAUAAUAUAUUAUACAACAGAAUUAAAAAACUGUAGAAACCACCAAUAAAACAUACACAAAUAAUUAAAUUUAAAAUUUUUGAUUCCGAGCAAAACAAGGAAUGUAUCGGUAUCCUUUUAAUUUUUCUAAUAGGAAAAAUCGGCAAGCUUUUGUAUAAUUUCUGGGAAUACCACUUUGUCAAACAAGGAAAAAAAUACGACUAUUAAUACAGUACUCACAAUCGUUUUUCAUUAACAAUGUUAGCCUCGUUCAUCGUUGCGUAUACAAUUAUAGUUUGAAUUACUUUAUAUAAUAUCCUCUCUAAUUCCUUCCAACUUCACUCCCAAAAUAGCGACACGCCCAUAAGUAGUAAUAAACAUUUAAUGAUAUUAUGUUACAUGUUAAUUAUUGAUCAAGUUUUAUUUUUGCAAACCUGAUCAACGGACAGUUGUUGAUGCCAAUUAAUAGGAUCGGGCGCGUUUCUUUUGGUACGUUUAAUGUCGCAUCUAUUUAAUACAUAAUCAUUAUAAUAUAAUUUCUGAAUUUAAAUGUACAUACAAUUUUUAACGUUAUUAAAAUAAUAUAUUAUUUUCACUCGGCAAUUUUUCCUUCAUCAAAUCGCCGAAACGCUGCUCGUUCGUCAAUAGUCGCAGUUAUUUGUUGUGGUUCUUGUGUCUCCGUUUGUUCGGUUGCAAUAUUCUCUUCGUUAAAUCGUCUACACGGAACCAACGAGGAACAGCAUCUCGAAUAAUAAUUAUCGCAACUAUAAUAUCAUAUAAUGAUAGGUAUGUGAAAAAAGAUACAUUGAAAAAUAAUAGUUACAAAAAUAAUACGCCGUAAUUUCAAUAUUCCUAUACCUUUCGCAUUCCAUGAUGCUGCGAGACAAAAAUAUAAUCUUUUUUUUUUUCGAAUAAAUAUUCGAAUGUCUAACGUAUAAACAAUUCCGUGUCCAUAACACUAUAAUAACUACCUAUUAUAUAUUUUAUCUCGGAAUAUGUUCAAAACAUAUGGGGGGACAUGAGACCGUUUUUUCUUUUAUCACAACAACGCGUUUCUGUAUACAUUUUGUUAACGCCCUGUAUAUAUUGUAUUAUAUAUACAAUACAAUUCACUUUAUUGGAAAAAAAAAACAUGACUAACGUGUGAAAAAACAUGAAAACCGCUACGUGAGCAUUUAAUAUACCGGACGUUAUUAUUUACUGAAUGGUCUUAUUAUUAUUUUACUUCGUAAAUUAUAAUAUACAUUUUAAACUCUAGCAUAGCAUAGCUGCAGUUGAUAUAAAUUGACCGAGUAUGGCUAUUAUGUCACGACGGCGUAUAAUAAUUAUGUACAUGAAUAGGUUAACAUUAAAUUUAUAAAUUGUCAAUUUAAAUUUAGCAAAAAAAAAUUUAACCGAUCUCCAUUCUCCGUCACUCCGAAAAUCGGAGUACAAUCGGAAUAGUAGAUAUUUUAUAUACAAUUUCUGCCAAAAAUAUUAAUAUGCCUAUCGUUUUCAUACAUUUUUGAAUACCAGAUAUGACAAAUUGAAUAAUUUGUUUAAAACGCAUUGAUUUAAUGCGUAUUAAACUUGCGUUUAUACGCAAAUUUAGCUAAACACGAUUAAGUUAAUAUGCACUGGUGCACUCCAUGUAAAUAUAUGUGGCCGAUGAUUAUUAUCGCGUUACAUUCGAGAUUUAAACUAAAUUACAAUGGAAUAUAAUAUCGCCUACCUUUCCAACUUCCCACCUAUUACGACAUUGGCCUACACACGCGGUCCGUAUCUGUAGUUCUGCUUUGUAUAAUGAGAAAAUACGUUUAGAUAUUUUAAAUAUUAUAUAAUAACAUCAAAAAUAAACUAACCGGUCAUUUAGUUUUUGGUUAUGUUAAAUUAUAAUACUAUAGUACCUACUUAUAGAAAAGCAGAAACAAAUUUUCGAUAAAAUUUAAACAUUUUCGAACUUGUAUAUAUAGACACAGUCAUUUAAUUCAAACAAAAUCUAUAGUAGUCGCUCAGAUUUCUAUUGAACUAUAUUGGUCGGUGUUAGAAUAGAAUAUAUUUUUUAAAAAAUUGACUAACAAUAUGCAUAGGUUUUUAUUAACAACGCGUAAUCAACUGUUCAACUGUUAUCAUUUGUCUGCGGUAUAUUAUCAUUUUUAAUUGUGACAUUAAAUAAUAGGUAUAAUAUGGUAUACAAUCUUGUAAAAUAUUUGAGUGCCUAUUUAUAUUAAAUACCGUUUUAAAUAAAUAUUUGAAUAGAAUAUUAAACAUAUUUUAAUUACUAUUGCAUCUAUUUAAAUACCUAAGUAAAGAUACCUAUAAUACACAUAUAUACCUAUAUAUUUAUAUAUACAUUUUUUUUUUUUUUAAGGAAUUUUAUAUUAAAUUGCAUUUUAUCAACACAAUUCAUAAUAUAUAAUGGAUAAUAUGUAAAUAUGUGUGAUACACCAUGAUGAUAAAUCAACUUAACUACAUGACACUAAAAAAUAAAACUUUUAUAAGCGAUAUUGGUUUUAUAUUGUAAUAUAAGAUACUUUUAAUUGGCAAUAUGUACUUAAUUAAUAUAACUAUUAUUAAAAAGUGUUUGCGUUUGUAAUCCAUAAAAAGUGUGCAUUUGAUUACUAUUAGACUUUUAGACUUUUAGUGUAAUGACAAGCUACUAUAAUUUUACUCUGGUGUUUUUUUUUCCUCUGGGAAAACAACAGUUUUUUUGGAUAAGCAAAUACACCAAUUUGUUCACAUGGUUUACCUAUAUAGGUACCUCGAAAAAAAUAACGGUACUUCAUUUGAAAUAUUUAUUGACAUUUUCAGCAGUUCCGGGUGCUUUUUUUUUUUUUUUUUAGUUUUGUCGAUUCCUGGAUCAGGCGACAAGAAAUAAACCGCAUAUCAAACCGUUCCGCUCAGAACCGUUUUUCGUUUCGCACUAGUAUAAAGCUGACGAUAAAGCACCCGUAAGACUUCCGCGGGCGUACGCACGUACGGUUAAGUAGGCGAAUUUGUGUUUUUUUUUCCCCACCUGUAUUGCACAACGCGCACCGACGCCAUCGGCAUUGAACGCAACGAUUUUACGGUACAGGUACGCGACGACGAACGGUCCGCGUUGUCCGCCGUCAGCAUCAGCUGCUGCUGCUGCUGCUGUUGCCGAACAUAAUAAUAUCACAGCGUAGGGGGAUUCUAGAAUGUUGUCCGAUUGUAUUACUAACAAUUAUUAUCAUUAUUAUUAUUUGUUAUUAUUCUGCCGGGUCACGGGUUCUAUUUGCCCCCCCUUCCCCAUUCACCGUUCGGUAAGGUUCGUAAGGUGGGGCGCCCGCAACGUUUCCCGCGAGACCGUCGCCGCGCCGCAGCCGGCCCGACGACGACGACCGCGUCCGUUUCAGUGACGUGCGUGCGUUCCGAUACCGCGACCGGUGGUGACGUGUUCCGACCCGUGCCGAUCCUCCUCGCGUAAGUAUUAUUCACCUAUAUUGUCCUAAAGGGUUUUCUCUUUUCUUUUUUUUUUCUUUUACCGUACCGUUUUGCCGUACGUACACCGCGAUAACAACGAUGCGAACCGAAAACAUCACGUCUUUGUAUUAUAAUAUUAUUAUGUAUCGGCGACGGUUUAGUACCACGGGCGAGAAAGAAAAGGAGGAAAAGAGGGGACGCGGUUGUUAAAACGACGAUGAUGCUGUUUCGAAAAUAUGUCGAUUUCGUAACAAAAUAUAAUAUUGACGAUUCCUGAUUUUGUUUAUUGUUUAUUGAAUGAAUUCCAUUAUAAUAUUUUCCAUUGUAAUUGUACACUAGGCGACUAUACUAAAAUAAAAAAAAAAAAUAAAAAUGAAUUUCGGAAAUCAUUUUUGUAAACCGUACGAGAUUCGCUGCGAUAAUAAUUUCAUUUUUAAUACGGACCGAUCGAUUUGCACACCGCGUUCGAUAAAAUUAUUAUAAAACAAAAAAAAAUUAAAAACGUUUUAUACGCAUAAUUUAAUGUGCCCGCUAUUAUAAAACUAAAGUCCCAUAAUAUUAGUCUAUACAAAUUUUCAGUUUUAAACAAGACUACCAAACAAAAAACUUAACCAAUAAAAAAAAAGCCUAUUUAAAGGGGUGUUUUUUUUCCUUCGGUAUUUAUUAAGCGAAAGCCUACCCAACCGCGAUAUUUUCGAUUUUCGUGUAAAAAAGAUUCUAAAAAAAAAAAUAUCCUGUACAUGCGAUGACUGCACUAACCCGUCGAAAAAUGUCAAGCGCGUGGGCCUACGCGAGUAGGAACUCGCAGGUCCUUUUUAGGUAAACAUAAAUAAGCCGACUGGGUAACGGUAAAAAUAUCGACUAGGCGUUACUAAUGGAAAAACGAACAUUGGUAUUGGAAAAUGUAACAGACAACAACUUUAAUAUAGCUAGGCAAAGAAUAAAUAAAAACGAACAUUUGUUUCUUAAAUUUCCAUACCGCGACAUAAUCGAGAUAGCAAACAAAAUUACGAGUUUAUUUUUCGUUUAAUUUCUAUAAUUCGUUCACGAAAAGAAUUUUAUGAAUUGGCCUACAUAGUGUGAUCCUCGAUAAGACGCCGCUUAAAUGAUACUCCACUACACUGUCCCUACUCAGACUUAAAAGUGGUAGGUAUACUCGUCAACGGGUUAACGGAUAUUAAAAAUGUCAAUACCAAAAUUUAUUUUAACUAAAACAUCAUCUAUAUAUGGAAUUUUUAAUGUAGGCUGCUAUUUUAAAAUUAAAAGUGUACAGUAGUACAGUUUCACUCCCAAAAAUAAGAGGAACCAAAAAAUAACAAAAAUUUUAAAGCUACUUGUUUCAUAUCAUGGUAAAAAAAAAAUAUCCGGAAAAAGUAAAUACUUUCCGAGAUGACAAGUGUCUAAUUAACGAUUGAUCACUCCGUAUAAUAUAAUCUCGUGCUAAUAUAUAUGGAAGAAUCGCUAAAAAAUUUCCGAGUGGAAAUAAAUAACUUUAAAAUACCCCCUUAAUGUUAGCAAUACAACCAUAACAGAAUAUUAUGAAAAACAUCCAACAAAUUUGUUGGUAACUUGUUAUGGAGGUCUUUAAAAUAGUACCUGUGUAAUAGAAUCUAACAUGUUGCAUUAAUAUUUAAAUAUACCUUUAAUUUUGGAUUCUGAGUAUAAUAAAUGUAUUGGUUUUAUUAUGGUGCGUCUUACUUUUAUUUAUAUUUUUUUUUUGCGUUUACAUUUACGUUUUUAUAAUAGUGUAAAUAAGUCUCAAUUUCUGGUGGUGCAAUGAAAUAUUUAAUUUUCCAACUCACCAAUACUCAAACUUUUGGUAAUUUCCUGCAUAAUAAACAAUUAAUUAUCACCUCUAAUAGUUUUUUUUUAUAUAAAUACAAAAAUUCAAAAUUAAUAUUGCAUUAUCAGUAAAAAUGUAUUUGAUUGUCAUAUUUAAUUUGUGAGAUGAGUAUAACUGUGGAUAAAUAAUAUCAGUGGGUGUAAUUCACGUGAUAUAAGUUGAUAUACCUACUUCUUUGUAUAACGUGUCACACUGUUACCACAUGGGUAGUUGCCCCAUUAUAAAAUUAUAUCAUAACAAAAAUUACAAUUUUUUUUAUCUAUUAAACGAAUUUUAGUUCUGAAAAUAGAACUUAUAGAUUAGUAUACCUAUACAAAUUUUCAAAAUUGUCUGGCGAUGCAAUAAAAAACCUUACUCCGCCACAUUUCAAAUAUCCUAAAUUUGCCAAUUUAAACCAUUAUGUUCGUAAAAAACUUUGCUCACAAAAUCUUAAGUCAAGUAAGAACUGUAUAGAAACUUAUUUGAUUUACAGUUAGUACAGUUGAGAGUCAUUUAUUUGUUUAUUUUUUUGCUUUUAAUUUGUUUAAUUAAAAUGGGAAAAAUUAACCAUUUUUGAAUAUUUUUAUUGAUUUCUAGGUUAUUUUGAUAACAAAAAAAAUAAUACGGCUAAUAAUACUUCAAUAUUUUCUAAAAAUAUUUGGACAGUAAUAAUAUUUAAACCACUUUAAGCGCUCUGGACUGAUCUUAAUAAGAUUUAGCAAUGAGAUAACUUGUGUUCAGAAGACGGACACAAAGACUACAUUUUCUCCCGGAAUUCAACCCCUAAAGGGUAGUUGACGCUUGAUUUUCAGAAUCUUUGUUUUGUUUGUUUGCAAAAUAUAUUGAAAAAUACUCACGAACAGCAGAUCUUCAUCACUGGAGUGAAAAAACUACUGUGUACAGCAAAAAUAAUAGACGAACAAGCGGACACGCCUUUCCGGUAGAAGGGGAGGGUAGGUGAACGGGUGGAUUAUAGGAGGUUACAACCGCAGAAAUUUAAUUUAGCACAGCUUGUAAUUACCAUUUAUUUAUUUUAUUUUUAUUUUUAAUAACAUAAUACAAGCUAGGCCCAGAAAUAAUAUAUUAAAUACAUAAAUUAUGAUAGUAUAAAUGUAACAAUAUAAAAACAAUACAGAAAAUGAUGUUACAAAACUUAAUGGGACAAACCCUAUAGGUACAAUAGAACACUUGGAAACUAUAGGAUCAUUUUAAAGAGAUAAAUUUGAGUCAAUAGUUGCAAUACACAUUAGACGGAUGAUUGGGAAGGUUAAGAUAGUAGUUAGAUGAGGAGGAUGGGUUAUGAAAAAGGAACAGAUGACCGCGUAUAACAAGAGAGGGCAUUAAAAAAUACACGUGAUAAAAAAUCAAAGCUAUCAAUUUUAGAGAAAAAUAAGUUAGAUAGGAAUGAUAAGUUAACUGAAUGACGACGAUCAACAAUAUUUUCUAGGGAUAGAUGGUAUAGGAAUGGUAUAUAGAUGGUGUAGGAAAGGUGUAUAGAUGUGUAUAGUCAUGGGGUGGACAGAGUAUAUUUAGUUUUCAGACAGGGAAACAGAAACAUUUUCUUUGGACCCUAUCAAUCAUACAUCGAGCAGAAGCGACAGACGGGUCUCAAUGAAUAGUGCUGUAUUCUAAAAUGUGAUGAAUUAGGGAACAAAAAAGCAUUUUUAACGGAGUAAGCAGGUGAAAAUCACCUGUCUAGUUUAUCUUAAUGAUUUUUCAGAAAAGUUUUCAAUAUUGACCGUUUAAGUGGUAGGUAUUGUUAAUAUUAUGAUGUAUACUAUGCCAUUUUUUCUUUUUUUAUAUAAAUGCCAUUGGACCAGGGGGGCCGAGUUAGUAUUGAUUUCCUUACCUAAGCUAACCUAUGUUAACUUGGACGAACCACGUUUGAACCACGAAUAAAACUGCAACCCGUUUUAGACCAGGAUUUAGUGAACCCGUUUAAACAAAUACUUUUAUAUUUCUAUACAAUUUCGCUAAACAAACGUUCAGUUAAACUACGAAAACUUAUUUUUAAAUUGAGUAAUAAGUAAAUCAUUUUGGUUAACAUAAAAUGUCUGUGUAACAAUUUAAUUUUAAAGCAUAUCAAAAAUCCAGUUAUAUUAAAUAUAUACCUAUAUCUAUUAUCAUUAUAUAAUAGAUAUCUGUGUAUCAAGGUCUUAUAUACAAUAAAACAACACAGAUAAAAUACUGCUAUAUAAAGGCUCGCUAAAUAAACGUUCAGUUAAAAAAUUCUGGCACAAACAGGCUUUAUAAAAAUAGUAUUUUUUACCCCUAACGGGUCUUCAAAAUUUGCCCAAACGGGUUGUUUCAAAAAAAUUGGUCCAAACGGGUCCUGCACGCUAACUUAGUUUUCAUCGUUGAUGGCAUAAAGUAUUAUUAACGCGUAAGCUACUUUAUGAAAUUAAAAAAAAACCUAAUUUUUUUACUCAUUGGGAACUUUCGCUACUUGCAUACCCGGGCUUUUUGGUUUAUUAUUGUUAAAUAUUCGGAUUAUAAAAAGUCACGGACAACGAUAAAUCAGAUCCAAAAAUUGAACGAAAUCGGAAAAUACUGACUUUUUAAACCAUCUGCGUGAAAGUCGACACAUUUAUCCCUUUCUUUCUUCCUCCUGUAGUUGUUUUUAAUCAAAUAAGUUUAUGGUAGGUACCGAAUAUUCGUUAUAAUUAAUAAUUUAUAUGGUCGUAUUGUAUACAUAGAAUUUUAACGGAAAAUUAAACGAUUUGAUAACAUAUUUUAAGUAGCUGAUAUUUUAAUAUAGUUUUAAUAGAACACCCGUAUAAAAAAUAUCGUUACGCAUAUAAUAUUAUAGCCUGACUUAUUAUAAACUACAUUUUUUUUCCUCGUUAUCUUUCCAAUACCACACCGUGUAUAAACACCAAAUUAUAGGUAUAAUUAAACCAUUUAUCCAACAUAAUAAGUAAUUUUUAAUUGUUUAGAGUUUAGACUACCGACUAUAAACCGAUAUAAAUAAUUGAUUUAAAUUGCUAGGUAGUUAAUGAAAUAUUAUCAGUUUUAAAAAAAAUGUAUGCUAUUUAUGAUAUACUUAUAGGUAUAUAAAUAAUAAAAAUACAAUUUUUACCUCUUUUAAAUUCAUGUGUAUAAACAUAAUAAUAUAUAACUGAAUCAUGUAUAUUUACGAGUAUAGCUACAGGAAAUCUUUUUGAUUUUUAAUUAGUAAUUAAUUUUAAAUGACUUUAAAAAAAAAAGAUAUUAUACAUAUUUUUAUUUCAUAGAAUAUAAUAGCUAUAUAUUAAAUAGGUUAUCUAUCCAGUGGUACCACGAUACCAUGAUAUCACUGAAACUAAUACAGUACCUAUGUAAAUCGGAUGGUAGCAUUUUGAAAGAACGACAUAGUUAGUCAAAAUAUGUUACGCGGUCAAUUUAUUGUAACCGAAUGCACAGAAAAAAUUCAACAAAAUAAUAAAUACAUAAUAUUAUUUAAUAGGUAAUAUGGCGUGAUAGUGGAUAUAUUAGAUAGAUAUAGAUGAAAUAGGUACAUACUAUAAUAACAGUCUAACCCAAAAACUUUCGUGGUCAUUCAUCUACAGAAGUGACAUUUUCGUGUCAUAACAUACAGCAAAAAUACGCCAUAUACUGGUGAGCAUUUUAUAUCCGCAAGACUAAUAAAAAUUGAGACACCCACCGCCUAUAAAACUAAAAUGUCAUUUUUAAGAGCUUUUAAACGAGACUUAUAGUACCAUCUUUUAUUUUUCAUAAAUAAAAUGUUGACCAAAUUGCAUUAGAAUCUUUUUUACAAAGUAAAGAUCAACUUGAUUAUAUGUGUCUGAUAACAAUUAUUUUUUUUGUUUGUUUAUUUAAAAGUUUUAAAAAAAAUAUAAGAUAUUUUUAAACACAAGUAAUAUAUUUCUAGUAUACUUUUGUCUUAUUUGAAUAAAAUAUAUUUUAUAACAUACGAUUCAAACUUUGCAUGCAUACGUUUUGCACGUGGAAAUUCGGUUACCUCUAUAUUCGGGAAUCGGGAUACACGUGUCUCGUAUAAUGUUAACUUAUAAUAGGUAUUAUAAUUUAAUUUUAAUAUCAUUAUUUCUAAACGUAAAAUACGAAUCGAUUUUUGUAUUUCACCAUAAUAGUAUAUAGGUAGAUAAUAUGUCCUUUAUGUCGUUGGAACAAAUUUCCAUGGAUACAAAUGGAAAAUGAAACGAUAGUCAUCGUUCAUAUAUUUUCAAAUAUAAUAAUUGUCCUCCGCCCACUAAUUUGUAGGUAGGUACCUAUGUACUUAAAAAUAUAAAACUAUCGUGAUGUGCGUAGGUUUAUUUUACUAUAUAUUAACAAUGAAAUACCAAUAAGUGUAUUGUUUGUAAUGUUGUGUUUUAUCAUUUAAUGAUUAUCUAUCUAUAGUCUUCUUUAGUUUUGUUCAGUUAACUGACUGAUUGGUAUUGCCUUCCGACAAGUUUUCUCCAUUCCACUCUGUUUUCUAUUUUUCUUUUAAUAUCUAUAUAUCUUUAUAUCGUUUUUAUAUCUUCCUUAAGUAAUUUUCUUUCGUUCAUUUACUAGAUCAUUAUUCUAACUUUAUCCAUCCAGUUAAUCCCUUGCAUGCGUCGAUAGAACCACAUCUCAAAUGUUUUUAUCGAUUCUUCUUAAUUUUUUUUUAAGUGUCCAUCUCUUUGUUGAGUAUAAUACUACAGUCAAACAUAUGUCUUCAGUAUUCUAUUUCUGAGAGUAAUGAUUAUCUUCUUUUAUAGUAGGAUCUAUUUUUUAUCGUAAAAUAAAAUCUUCGCCAUUCAAAUUAGUUUUAUAAUUUCCAUUAUAUAUACAUAUCACAUCAUCUGUAAUAAUUUGACCAAAAUAACAAAAGUGGUUUACCUGCUCUAUCAUUUGGUCAUCUACUGAGAUUUCUGCCUGUGUCAUUUUUGCAAUCACCUAUUUUUGUUUUUCUGGUCCUUAUUCUCAUGUUAAUUUGUUUUGCUAUACUUACAGUUUAUUUUGUUUACUAUUUCUUGUAAUGCUUUUUCCUACCCAGAAACUAUUGCUUGGUCAUAUGCAAAUUUAAUCAUUUAAAUCAUAAUUCUACUUAUGUUCAACCCAUUUCUAUUACUACCAAUAUCUUCAUCCAUUUAUAAAAUUAUAAAAACACUGACGACGUUUUCUACCAAAAAAAAUUAUUUAAUCGAAAAAUCACAAGUUACCUUUUUGCUUUAUUUUCUUACAGUAUCAUCGCUAAAAAAUGUGGAGCUUUUAAGGAAUUUUAAUUUUUGGGAGUUUUUUCUGUAAUUUGGUUACAAAUACACGUAGAAACUUGAAACUUAGUAAUAAUACUUAUAUUGGACUUACCUAGUUGUAGUAAAAUUUCCAAAAUCAUCGGAUGACUUUUUUUUUUUUUUGACAAGCGUUUUUAAAUCAGAUUUAAACGAAAAUCACAAAAAAAAUUACUGCACUUCAAAUUAUGUAUUACCAAACUGCGCUCGGAAUCGUCUUUCGUCAAGCAAUGGUUUAUCGUUACCAACGAUAUAAAUUAAAUAACCUUAUGUAUUCUACCUUCCCAACUUCUCACCUACAACAGUGGUCGCUCCCAUUCCCAAUAUCAGAUUUACAUAGAUUUAUUUUACCAUUUAUUAAAAAUAUCAAUAUAUGUAUUAUUUACAGUAUUGUGUUUUAUCUAGAUGAUGAUGUAUCUAUAGUUAGGUUUAUUUCUAUCUUACAUUUUUUUUCCCGAAAUCAUCCUCUAACUGAGAGGAUUUCUAUCUUGUCUAGAUAAAUGGGAAAGAUAAUAACCUAACCUUCAUAUUUAUUAGAAGUAUUACCUAGGUAAAAUAUUUCAUUUAUAUUAAUUUGUAUUUAUAUUAAUAAGGUUUAAUUAAUUAAUUAUUUUGUCGCAUCAACCAUACAUAAGCAAAAUCUCUAUGUGUGCCAACUUCGUAUACGCUUUUAUGAUCAUUUUUUUUUAUUUUAAUAAAUGUUCUUAAUUAUUUAUCCCUACAUAGACUAUUAAAUUGUUCUGUACUUUAUAUAUUUAUCCAAAUAAUUACUCCAGCAAUUAUUUCUUAUCUUUAUCGAUGUAUUUUAAAGUGUAGGUAUAAGUAUGUAUAACGCUGAUUAUUUGUAUAUUACCAAUUUUAUAAUGCGUUUGGAAUAAUAUUAUUUACAGAUUUCCUGUAUGUGGACUACCAUGUACACAUUGACUGCAGCCCUACAGGCGUUAGUGAUAACUGAGGGAGAAAUUUCCGGUGGAUCGUUUUAAAACGAGUAAAUGAUUAGUGAUUUGUCUAUAUAUUACACGUAACACGCGUAAUGUAAUAAUGAUGAAAAAAUAAUAAUAAUAAUACUUAUAUAUUACGUUACACUUAGGCGUGAAGAAAACGACGAUAUAAAAUUAUUUCAAACGGCAGAAAAAUGGGCGACGUCGAAAUGAACGUGUGUUCGAUCGGGCCGAACGAUCAACUGCUCAAAGCCAUCCAAUCGAACGACCUGAGUCUGUUCAAAAAACUGCUGGAAAUCGGGUUGGAAAACUUAUCGUUGGAUUUGGAUUAUAUGUUCGACGAACCCUACCACGGUACGAUAAUGGACAUCUGCUGCACGUCGGCGGGCAAAUCGAAAUUCGCUCAAACGCUGUUGUCAGUGGGCGUGAACGUGAACGUUAUCAACAAAAACCGAAAAAAGGCGCCAAUACAUUUGGCGUCUAUGAAUGGGUGCCGAGACACAUUGGCGGUUCUGCUAAGUCAUUCACCGACCGACGUCAAUUUACUGGACAACGACGGGAAUUCGGCUUUGCACCUGGCCGCAAAAUCCGGGUCUGUGGAAUGUACAAAAUUACUGCUGGACUUCAAAGACACACGAGCCAAUCAGUUGAAUAGGAAAGGUUUCACACCGGCGUACUUAGCGGCCACUUCGAAGAAAAAAAACGACGAAUUGAUGCUAGCGUUCAUCAGGUAAUAUCAAACGAUACAUACAUUAUAAAUGAUUAAGGAUGGGAUUUAUGUAUGCUUUUGUAUAAUUUUAUUGAUAGGUCCCAAUAAAUUGCUAGUUUACACCACUUCAACAAUAUGACUUAUCGUUUUUUUUUGUUUAUUUUUUUUAAGGCUAUAUUUUGGUAUUUUUAGUACAUAUCUGCAUAUAAUUAAAAGCUUUUUAGAGCAUACAAAUAUCUGCUCUGUAAUAAUGCAUAAUAUUGUAAAGCAAAAAAAUAAUGUCGCAAUAUCAAUUGUUAAGUACAUAUAUACAUCUAACAUCAAAAUUUAACGAUUGGACGUAUAAGAUACAAUAUAAUUAUAAUGUACAAUAAUAAUAAAAGAUAACUUGAUAGUAUAGACUUUUAUUUAGGUAUUCCGCAAUUAUUAUUAAUUUACGAUAAAAUUAUCAAUAUCAGAAAUGAAAAUGUCAUAAAAGCGCCCGUUAUUUAGAAUAUCCUUUAUUUAGAUGUUUUCCUAAGUAUAAAUAAUGAAAAUGUUCCCGUUUCCGAAAAAACGACCGCUAUUUAGAGGUGUCUGUUAAGCGACAUUUCAUUAUAUAUUAUAUAUUUUUUUGCAGAUGUCCAAAAGUCAACGUAGACAUGUAUGUUUGGGAUAAAUUAUUGCGGAAUGUGAUCAUCGAGAAAUAUCCGCAUUUAUCGAACGAAAUGCCGCAGGAAGGUACGCGAACAAUUAUCGACCAAUGCGAUAAUCCGUUUGUGUAUCUCUACUCAAACAAUACGGACAGUUUUAUUUCGCACAUAACCUCUGCGAAUCGAAUUGAUUUGAACAGUCACGACGGCAGGCACACAUACCUUCAAUACGCGUGCGAUUUCGGUUUGCCGAAAGUCGUCCAAGUCCUGCUUGAUCUGGACGCGGAUCCUAACGGAAUAUGUCCGUCCAAUACUAAGUAUCCGAUUUUCAUCGCCGCGUUCAGAGGUUUCGCCGACAUCAUACAAUUGUUUUUGGAUAGCAAAAAAUGCGUUCGAUACCAAACAGCUGGCGGUACCGUACUGCACGAAGUGAUCAAAGGUUCGGACGAGAAUCACAAUUCGCUGGACGUGCACACGGAGCUAUGCGAUCACAACAGGUCAUUUAACAUGCUGUUGCGGAAAAGUGAAUCGAGGCCGUUCGAGCUGGACAUUAACCGAGGGGACGACAAAGGCAACACUUGUUUACAUUACGCCGCAAAAGUGGGCAACCGCGAUAGUACAAUGUCUCUGUUGGAAGCGGGCGCGUACGUGGGCAAAAGAAAUGUGCUGGGCGAUCCGCCGCUCGCCGACAUUAGCCCGAAAAUAUUGGAAUCGCACCUGAAUAAAUGCAUAAAGACCAACGGUAAAUCGCCGAAAGACAUGAACUACGAGAUAAUAUUCGCGUACAAUUUCCUAUGCCCGCCGAACGCGUACAACAAACACAAGGACGUCGACAAUUUUCAAGCUCAAUUGGAAGGCCAAGAAUACGUUCCGGAGAACAUACCCGAAACCGACCCGUUGCUAUACAUCAGCGAAGUGCCGGAACUCAGACCGCUUUUGAAGCACCCGGUAUUGACCAGUUUCCUCCAUCUGAAAUGGUUCGCGAUAAAAAGAUACUACAAGGUUAAUCUGGCGUUUUACAUUGGAUUUUGGGCGCUCUUGACCAUAUACACGUUGCUAACAUUUAAAAUAGGCGCCCAAAAUAGCAAUUUGUCGUUGACGCAACAGAACGUAACCGAAUUUUCCACGUACAAGGUGCCGUUCAGCAGCGAUGUGGCCGUAUAUUUGUGGGUUAUCGUAUUGGGAUUCCUCAUAGCUCUGACGUUCCGCGAGUUGUUCCAGCUGAUCUCGUCGCCGAUCGCGUACGUGACCAGUUUGGAAAACUGGCUGGAAAUCAGUCUAGUUGUGCUCACUUCUGUGCUGCUGCUAUGUGAAAUGUCUUGCAUGUCGAUCAGAAACCAAGUAUCCGCCGUCGUCAUCCUGUUGUCCUGGGGCGAACUCAUACUGCUCGUGGGCCGACAUCCGGCAUUGGCCACUCACCUGGAGAUGUUCAAACGGGUCACCAAAAACUUUCUAAAAUUCCUAGUGUGGUAUUCUAUAUUGAUCGUCGCGUUUGCCCUGAGCUUUUACAUGUUGUUCCGGAACGACGCCGACAACGACAACAAAUUCAACGACCCUAGUUCGGCGAUGUUCAAGACGAUUGUCAUGCUCACCGGGGAAUUCGACACGUUUGGUUCAUUGCCGUUCAGUCUGCAUCCGAUCGUCAGCCACGCAUUGUUUCUGUUGUUCAUAUUCCUGAUCGCCAUUGUUUUGGUGAACUUACUCAAUGGUCUCGCCGUCAGUGAUACCCAGGCAAUCAGAGCCGAUGCGGAAAUCGUCGUCCACGUGUCCCGCGUAAAACUCAUACACUAUUUCGAAACGAUGGCUGUCGGAGACCCGUUUUCGUGGAUACACAAAGCCCGGAAUCGCAUAAACCAUUUUGGGUACAACAUUCCCGCGUUCCACACUAGACAAUUUUAUCUGAAAAUCAAGUUGUUCCCGGACGCUCUGCAAGAUUCGGAAAUAAGAAUAUUGCCCAAUCAACGGAAUUUCGUGGACUUCGGGACGUCCGUGAAAAAAAGUCAAAUUGGAUGCAUUGCCAACUGUCAAGGUUAUUAUCUGGGCAAAGAGAUCAUCAACGAAGCCAAGGCGAUAAUUAAAUCCAAUUUAGACGGGUCGGACAAGAGUUGUAUGGAAAUUUUAGAAUUGUUCGAGGGAAAAUUCAAUAGCAUGGAAAAAGCCGUGGGGGAAAUCAAAAAAAUGCUAAACGCGAUGAACACCAAAAGCGGAAUGUAUUCGUCAUCAGCUUCGUCGAUAAAUUCCGUUGUGCCAAACAGCGGUUCGCUCUAAUAUAACUAAAAACGCGUGUUUCGGUACGAGUAUUUGAAUAUUACUCGUAUUAUAUAUUUUAUAAAAUUAAAACAAUUAUAUUAUAUAGCUUAACCCAACUAUUGGUUAUAUCACGUUGAAAUUCAAAAUGUCAUGUACAGAAUUAAUAUUAAUAAUAACUAUUCGGUUUCACGGAAGAAAAACUUAAGUCAAUUUUUAGAUUUUUUUUAAAUUGUUUUCCCUUUAGUUUUCGAUCCAAAUGGUAUACGUGUAUGUAUAUUCUGAUAUACGUUAUACUGGCUGAAAAUUAAAAUAUCCUAAGUACUUUUCGUUUGGCCAAUGACGGAAUUUAUAGCCAUUUAUAUCCGUUUACUAAUAUUCUCAACAUUUAAUUUGCUUUUAUUGAAAACCAUACUAACUGUCAAACGAAAUAAUUGACUUAAGCUCUUUAUUGUUGUAACCUGCCCGGUUGAUUCAGUUGGGUCUGUUGAGGGAAGCCGCCGUACGGUCGGUUCCGGUUCGACGGUUAGAAAUUUUGGUAACGUUGAUCGUUCAAAUAAAUAGAGCACAUCCGUUUGCUGAUCGAUUAAAUCAUUAAACAGUUAUUAUAAUAAUAAUAAUAAUGAAAGAUCACUAGUGGAUUGACACGUCGGGAACUUUUCUGACGUCGCACAAUCAGACACGAUGGCAGGCAGGAAAAUACUCCGCAGAAUUACAGUCCGCAAAAUACUGAGACUACGCAAUUAUGAACCAUAGGAGUUUCAUAACACUUUCCCCGGGACCAAAAAUUAUUAUAAGUAACUCUGACAAAUUGAAAUUUAUGCGUUUACGACGGUGAUUUAUAUACGUUUUCUUUGGUUUUUAUAAGUGGGUAUACGUUACAACUAAUAAAAAAUAUAAUAUCAUGACAUAGGUAACGAAUUAAUAAUUAAUAAUUUGUUAAUUCGGUAUUUAAAUAAAAAUAUAGGUAUUUAUUUAUAAAUUGAAAUGUGUAUAAAAAUUAUUAUCAUAAUUAUAAUUUGUUUUUUUUUUUUUUUUUAUGUAAUUUAACGGCAUUUAAAAUCGUAAAUAUUAUGCGUUUAAGUACCUGUGAUUAAUACAAUAAUACAUUGUUAACUGAUAUUUAUAGUAAUAUUUUAUACGAUGACAAAAAAAAAAUUGAAUUAAUAAUGAUAACGUAUUACUUUUACCAAGUUAAAAUACAAUUUUAAAUAAUUAUUAUUCUUUUACAUACCUACUAGGGUAGGGUAGUUAAUAGCUAAUAUUAUAAUUUUAUUUAUCAAAGUCAAACACUGAUUAUUACGCCGGUUUAUCGUUUCGUUUUUUUCUUUUUCUUUUUCUUUUUUUGUUGUUGUCUAGCGGUUAUAUAAUAUAUAAUAAAUCUACUAUUUAGUUAAAAUAAUAUUACGUUGUAUAGCAUAAUAUAUAACGAGAAUAUUUAUAUUGUUAUAUCAUAAUUUACAUUAAUUUUUGAUAAUAUUACUAUACCUAUACCUAUAAUAUUAUUAUAAUUAUAGUAUGUAAGUACACACCUAAUACUGUUUAUUUUCUGUUGGUUUUGUAAGUUUAUAUUGUGUUAAUAGUGUUAACACGAUGCGGUUUUACUUUUUCGUUUAGCUCUAUAAUACUUUAUGUAUUUAAACGAAAAAUUAAAUAUCGAUAUUAUAUAUACCUAUAUAUAAUAUCGAUCAAACGUAUCGUGACUAAAAAUAAUUAAAAUGCAAUUCUACGUUAUAUUCGAACUAUUUGAUCAUCAAUGAUGAUAUUAUUAUUAUUGUACGAUACGAUUAUACUAUUUGUAAUUGUUAAUAAUAAUAAUACUUAAUUCUAAUAAAAUGUACCUAUGCUUUUUUGAGGGG